AGGGCUUCAUUAGUGAAAGGGUUUUUGUUGGAAAGUGUAGACUUUCAGUUACAUACACAUUACCUACAUGUAUAUAUAUACACUUUACACAUAUAUCACACACAAAAAGUGACCCCAGCAAUCUAAUAUAUUCCUGUUCACACAUUGAAGGUUCUAAAAACAGCCAUCUAUUGAGACUGCACUACUGUCAAUGCCACGUUACACCUGUAUUUCUAUACCAGAUUCUAUUGACAAAUACUAAAUAGGGAUCACCAUUACUGUGGAGUGAAAGCAUUGUCAUCUUUUAAAUCCAACCAAACCUAUGUCUCCCUACACUUCUCACAUUUAACUUAUCUUCAUUUUACUCAGCCUUACAUUGUGCAUGCUAAUUGAACUGGAAUCUUCAGUGUAUUCUAUUUCAAACCCGAACAUUUAUCCUGGGACCAAGCUAACCUAGCAUGAUAAACCCACCAACGACAGUAACUCUUACUCUCGAUCUGCUCCAACGACAGCACUGUUGUCAACGUAAACAGUGUACCUAGCGACGGCCAGGACAAGCAUGAGUAGGCCCUGCUCCUACCAUACGACAGCGAUGUGAUUGGACAGGCUCAAGACAUAUCAGCACUGCUAGGAAAUUAAGAGGCUUGUGUUUAAUCUAAGACAGAUUGAUACCCCCUUUACCAUAAGCAUGCAACAGCAACAGCAAACUUCCACCAAUCCUGCAGCUAUACAGAAACCAUAUGUGGCCCCAACAAUGGGUCCCCGCAUUACAGCCCCACCUCCUGCCACUAUUGACGGGAAGUAUGCCGCAGAACAUCUAGGGGGCGCUCUCACCUUGGCUCUAGCCGAGAUCGCAACAUGUCGACCAAAUGACCCAAUAGAAUACUUGGCUAAUUGGCUCUACAAAUACAAGGCCAACUCUGACCACCAUAAACAGCAACUGGCAGAAGCCAAACAGUUGGGGGAAGAGGAGGCUGAGAUGAUAAAAGCGCAACAGAGGAAAGAAAAGAGACUGGAGGAACAAAGACAGAUGGAGGAAGAGGCAAGGGAAAAGGCGGAAAAAGAGGAAGAGGAACGGCGGAAGAGGGAGCAAGAAGAUUUACAGAGGAAAGCAAAGGAGGCUGCCCUAGCUCAGAGACCUAACCUGGAAACAUUGAAGGAGGAGGAAGGGGAGGAAGAUGCAGAACGAGGCAGGGAGAAAGACUUUACAGGACAGACCGAGCUACACAGACUGGCUUCAACGCCAGAUUCGACCCUGAUGUCAGUGCUUAACAUGGGAUACAGUUUAGCUGAGAGGAACGGGGAUAACCAGACCCCUCGGGAGCUAGCUGCAGAAAAAGGGCUCCAGCAUCAUGUUGACACUAUAGAUGAGUUUGUACAGAGUCUUGUCGAGAAUGAGAAGUUUGCAGAGUUAGAGAAGCUCUUAUUGGAUGGUUAUGACCAAUGGGAGGUUGUGUUACAAAGCGUCAAGGCCAAGGAGCAAUCAGAGGGCAUCACUAAGUUUAUUGACUCAGUUCCAGACUUUCAGGAGAAGAUGUUGGGGGUGCUGAGGGCGGCCCAGACUGGUGUAGUCAGUGAACUACAACAAGCAUUGGAGCAGCGACAAAUCGUAACGGCCAGAGACAAAUACGGACGCGGCCCCUUACACAUAGCUGUACUUGCCAACCAAUCAGAUGUCGUCCGGUACCUCGCCACGAACUUCCCAGAAACACUCAAAGCUAGAGAUAAUAUGUACCGUACACCUUUACACUACACCAUGGCUCUGUCAGAAGAUCUUGCCCAAAUCCUCACAGAAAACGGUUCCAACAUUAAAGUCAAAGAUGCAAAACUGAAAGUUGCUGCCUAUUACAAAGAGAAUCCCAGUGACAUUGAGACACUACAGAGUUGUCUCCCCCAGAUAGUAGAGGAAGGUCAAGGCCAAAUGGAAACAGGGCAGAGUGAACAAGAUCAAGGUCAACAGGAGAUGGAAUAGACUUUGAACAGAUAUUAACAUUGGAUAAUUAAUAGUUCACACUACAUACAGUGAUGACAUUGGAUGAAUCUUACAGUAUCUCUCAUGCACAUCUCUCAUUCACCCCUGAAGACCCAUUUGAACUCUUCCAAUUCAAAGGUUGGAAUAGUUCAUUAUGAAAUUUCAGGGGUGAAUGAGCUAAUGUGGAAGCAAAAUUGGACUUGAAAAAAUGUACAAUAAACCAUAUAAGGUAACAUGGCCUUUUAAGGAAAUAGGACAAAGAAAUUAAUAUCAAACUUUUAUCUUUGAUGAUAUAAAAGUUUUGAUGGUUCUCAUCUGUGUAGGUCACAGAUCUAACAGUUUUCAUGUCCCAUCCAGGCAAGUGUUUAUCAACAUUAAAGUUUCAAAAGGAAAAAGAACAUGAAUUCGAAGGACUACAUUAAUUCACAAUUUGUUGAUUGUUAAAUCAAAAUUGUUCAAUUAAAUCCCAUUUUUUGUUCAAAAUGUGUGUGAUAAGUGAUAAAAAAGUGGUUCUCUGGCUUUUACUACCACACUAGUGUCUUAGGAUGAUAAAGGGAAUGAAUACUGCUGUCAUAUAACCUCUACAUGUAACUUGUACUGUCACAGACACUUCAGCAAUUUUACUGUCUGUGCAUCUCAAAGUUAUAUAGUUCCAUUUGUAUCAAAUACAGAGGAAAUGAGAUACAAUGCCUGUUUCUGUGUACUUGUAAAAGUUCUACAGUCUCUGGACAGUGAAAUUCAUUGGUACAGAACAAAUUAAUUAUACAACUCACAGUAAAGAUGGCAGCAAGCUGAAACAUGUCAAUAUCGCAAUAAAAUGGACAUUGUGCAGUCAUCUUUAAUGUGAAUUAUUUAUAUAUAUUUUUACAAGUUUGAAAUGGAUAUCAUCUAUUUUUUGUUGAAAUAUUUAUUAAUGUUAAAUGAAUUGUCAAGUCAUUUUUACAAAACUUUAAAAUAUCUCUAUAUUAUAUCAUAUGCACAGAUCUACAGCAAUAAAAUAGAUGUUCAGCACCAAA